AUGAGCGGCAAUCAACGCAAUCCCGACUCGGACGGCCUUGACAGGCAAGGCUCGGUCAAAAGAGCCAGACAGCUGUUGGCAGCCGGUGUCCGUCCGGAACGAGUCUUGCCACAACACCAAUUGAGACACCCACCACUCCCUCGGAAUGUUUCACACCAAACACAGUGGCCGCUGCCCGAGUCCGGGCUACCACAGCAGCCGAUCAACCACCAUCCCAGAUUUUUGAUCCCCCGUGGCCCUCCACCCCCGAGGCCGCUGCAUCCCAGCGAGAUCCCUCAUUCACCAUCUAUCUACUCGGAAAGAGACGGCCAGGACUCGGAAACGAGUUCGCAGUUCACGCGGCCUCCCCGGUCGUUCUCUUCCCUGCAGCCACCGCCACCGCUACAGCUGCGCCGGCCUGUAGUCGAGGCCCCCGUCAGCCCGACCAGCACUGUCGACAUGGCACCCCGGAUUUCUAUCGCCACGGACGACCUGUUUAGACAAUCUACAGCUUCUACGACAGCCUCCGUACCGGAUGUGCCUCCUUUCCCUCCACCUGUCCCAGAUGACCCACGGCAGCGAACAGCCGGCCUGGUAGCACCAGCGAGCACCCAAAAGACUCGGGCUCGUCAAUCCUCGGUUUCCCCGAUCCAGGAAGAACUCGCCGAUCCGCGACACACCAAAGGAUCUUUUGCCUCGAGCAUGGCAGUCCCUUCCAGCUGGAGCUCUGGCCCGGCCGAAUCUGAUAUUGUAGGAGCGUAUCUCGAUAUGGAUUCAGACAGUGAGCCCACCACGCAGGCAGAGGAUUCAACCCUCGUCCGAAGCGCCAGUCUCGGCAAGCGAGGAAAGCCAACCAUGCGGACCAUCACCAAAUCGAACCCCCCGUCCGUCCGCGUCGCAGACUCACAAGUAGAUCCCGACCAAGUGUCUCCCACGAGCACAGCGGUGGUUCCUAUUGCAAUGGGCCCCCCUGCAAACCGAAUGCUGCAGCCCCCGAGUCAAUUGCGAAAGGGCUCUACUUCCACCGCAUCCAGCGACUCGUUGACAGGCAUUGACCCGGAGAAACCGCCAUUCUCCCAGGAAGAUCGGCCCUACAGCACCGGUCUGGAAAAGGAAAUGCAGGUUUUUGGCGCUCUGCCCAAGGCCGCGCCUACAAUGAGCGACAAGAGGCCGUGGGGUCGUAAGCCUGCGGCUCUGAACAUGGGCGUGGUGCGCGACGCAGAAGCCCGAGGGAGUCUUUCUAGCUUGUCGGAUUUGAUCCGACGUGCCACCAAGCUUGCAUCGAAUUUGGAUCACGGGAGGACUGCCAGUCGCGCCGAUCUGUUCGGCGGCGGGGAGGCUGAAUUCAAAGCUCAAAAGGGCCACCGUCCCCGUAACUCUGGAUCCAUUUCGGACAUGUUAGCCUCGUUUCCCCCGCCAGGUCUGGCCACACCCGAGAGCCGUGGCUCCUGGCCGGUUUUCUUUGGGCGUUCUAACCUGCGAAACGUCGAGCCACUGGGUUCCCACGACGACGGUCCAGAUGUACCUCGCCGCAAGAAGAUGUGCUGCGGGAUGCCCCGCAAGUGGUUCGUGGUGAUUUGCAUCGUCAUCUUCAUCAUUGUCGUUCUCGCCGUGCUCCUUCCCGUCUUCCUCGUCGCCGUCCCUAAAGAGAACGCCAGCAAAGAUACCACCUGCGCAACGAGCAAUCCAUGCUCGAAUGGCGGAGUGAGUGUCUCGAGUGGGAGUCAGUGUUCGUGCGUCUGUUCCAACAACUACACCGGCACCCGGUGCACCAUCCCCAACGACGGUAGCUGUACGACCUAUCUCAUCGAGGACAGCACCGGGACGAAGAAUGCUUCGAUGGGAACCUCGCUUCCAACGUUGUUCGCCGUCUCCAAGGAAACAUACGACCUGACUCUUGAUCCGGUUACCAUCAUGGCACUCUUCAGCAUGAACGACGUCUCUUGCAAGACCGAGAAUGCCCUCGUCUCCUUCAGCGACGUCCCGACCAAUAGUUCCAGUUCCAGCAACGCCCGCCGCUCCCUCGCCAGCCCUACCCCGGUUCUCGCGCCUCGUGCCCAAGCCACGACGGACGGCGGCAUCCUCUACGACCCCGGGUCUACUACGGCAUCGGCUACUCAAACGGAUUCCGUGACCGCCACCCGAAUUGGUGCCACGGCGACUUCGACUGCCGAGACGAAGGCCAGUGUUCCUGACGAGGUGGUGGAAUUCUCCCGACUGGCGGUGCUGUACAUUCUGCAGAAGACCGGGUCGGUGGAUACGGCGAUGUCCUCGGAGAAAGACAUCCAAGAGUUCCUGGUUGAUUCUUAUGCGAAAGCCAGCUGGCCCACUCAGCAAGUGGGCGAGUUCACGGUUGAUUUUGUGAAUUUGACCAUUUCACUUCCGAACAGUACGGUCAAGGCAGAUUAA